GUAGCUAACUGGAUGACACGCAACGCGCAUUAAUAGUCAGAAAUGGAAAACAUUUACCGCUUCAAAAAGAGAAUGGUGUAUCCGGAAAAGUUAUCGUUGGACCAAGUCACCGAUAAGUCGUCUACUACAGCAGCGUCAUCGUGGUGCAGUGGACCACUGGAAAGAUACACCAAAAUUGACAUUAAUAGUGAUUCGACCAUUCGUGUGAAAAGUGCCAAUGUGCAAAGUGAUGCCCGUGAGAAAAACAGGUCACCGUCUUUGGAAAAUGUGGCGGCAACCACCACGGCAAACCGUCAGUUUAUCCAGGAUCGAAUUCGUCAUCUCGUCGAUGCCUUCAGCACCCGUGCCCAAGCUGCCCGAGAACGUAUAGAAACUCCUGCAACACCUUCUUCUAUCAGCAGCAGAGAAACAAUCGAACCAACGUCAGUUCCGCACAAACCUAAACUAAGCACAUCUGAAACUAGCGUCGAAGUAGUUCCUCAAACAAAAACUAAAUCAAACUUCGUGUACAAAAAUAUAAAGUAUGUGUUAGACAACAAAAUUAUUGAUCCUAAUGGUAAAGUAUACAUUACGUGGAUGUCAAUUGCUGCCAUGUCCGUCAUGUAUAACGCAUGGGUCAUUCCUUUGAGGAGCACGUUUCCAUACCAGACACCUCAAAAUAGGCCCGUGUGGAUGGCGUUUGAUUACAUAGCUGAUUUUGUUUACUUUAUCGACAUGAUCCUCAUCCAGCCGAGGGUCAAAUAUUUGCACGAAGGGUUUUGGGUUACUGACAUGGCGCAGCUUAGACACAACUACAUUAAGAAGAAAGCUUUCAAGUUGGACUUGAUAUCGUUGAUUCCACUGGAUCUUCUAUAUUUUGUGCUGGGACCUGACCGGGUGAUCUUACGAUUUCCACGCUUUUUCAAGCUACAUACUUUUAGAGAAUUUUUCAGUUUCGUAGAUAAACUUCUUGCUAAUCCUUAUGUAAUAAGAAUAACUAGAACGUUGAUGUACAUGAUGUAUUUAAUACAUUUAAAUGCAUGUGCAUACUAUGCGUUCUCAGACUGGCAAGGAAUUGGAAGCAAUAAUUUUGUGUUUGAUGGUGUCAAUAAUGCCUAUAUUAAAUGUUUCUAUUUUGCCACGAAAACUGCAACCUCUAUUGGAAAAAAUCCUAAACCUACUCAGGAAAUUGAGUAUAUGUUUAUGACUUUCUCAUGGUUAAUGGGAGUAUUCGUGUUUGCUUUGUUAAUUGGCCAAAUAAGAGAUAUAAUUUCAACUGCCACGAGAUCAAAGACAGAAUACAGGAAAUUAGUUGACGAAACUCUGGAAUACAUGAGACGACUGAAUUUGCCCCAGGACAUGCAAAAACGUGUUCAGAUGUGGUUUAAUUACACCUGGGAAACUCAACAUACGCUUGAUGAGAACAAUAUAAUGGACUGCUUGCCUCACAAAAUGAAAACCGAUAUAGCCAUUAAUGUCCACAUCCAUACCCUAAGCAAAGUAAAACUUUUUGCAGACUGUGAUGAAGCUCUCCGUCGUGAACUUGUCCUACAGCUAAAGUCUGUAAUUUAUCUUCCUGGCGAUAUAAUUUGCAAAAAAGGAGACGUGGGUAAAGAAAUGUACAUAAUCCAGUCAGGAAAAGUCCAAGUUAUUGGCAGAACAGAAAACGAAGUUCUUGCCACCCUUUCCGAAGGCUCGGUUUUUGGGGAAAUUAGUCUCUUAGGAAUACCAGGAAUGAACCGAAGAACUGCCGACGUUCGAUCUCAAGGGCACUCAAAUUUGUUUGUUCUGAGCAAAGCCGACUUAAAUUCAGCCCUGUCGCAUUAUCCUGAAGCUCAAGAGUUGCUCAAUAAAAAAGCGAAAAUGCUCAUGAAGAAGAAUGCUGCUUUAGAAAGGAAGCAUAACGCUAUGAUCAUUAUUGAUAAUCCUACGCCGCCUCCGAAGCAAGCAAAGUUGUUAGAUACGGUUUUACAAGUGGUGGCUCCGGAUUCAAAAACAAAUAGGUUACUAAGGUAUGGAAGCAGAGGAAAACCAAGAGGAAGACCUGAGAAUGAUAGAUUCAAGUAUAGAAAUAGUCUGCCUAGCAUAAAGAAUUACGGAAGCAUUGAAAGGACUUUUCAAACGAAAGUGACAGUGCACAGGACGAUGAGUUAAUGUACAGAAUUAGGUAAAUAGGAAAUAGUGAAACUGCAUCUUGUAGUAUUUGCUGUGUUUAAUAUAGAUUCAAAAUAAAAUACUUUUGUAAAUUUGAAACGAAUUUUGUUGUACACUGUACUAAAAUAAAACCAAUGCGUUAACAAAAUGCGAA